AUGUACUUCAAGGCUCUCGCCGCAGUGCUCUCCAUCCCAGGGGCCUUGUCAGCCCCUGCGGUCGAGCAGCGCCAAUACUCGGCUGCUCUCAUGCGAUUCGAAUGCUCGCAGCUCACCAUCGAGCGCCUUGACCCUCUGGUACAGCCAGGCUCAGUGCCUUCUGCUCAUGUCCAUCAGAUCGCCGGAGGCAACUCGUUCAACGCCUCGAUGACGCCGGGGACCUACGACCCUUCCGCGCUGUCCACAUGCACCUCUUGCACGUACGCCGAUGACUUCUCCAACUACUGGACCGCGAGUCUCUACUUCCGCGCUCGCAACGGCACGUUCAAGCGGGUCCCGCAACUGACCAACCUCGGCCUGCGAGGCAAGAAUGGUGGCUUGACCGUGUACUACAACUCUCCCUACGACGGGCACACCAAGACCACUGCUUUCAAGCCCGGUUUCCGCAUGAUUGUUGGAGACCCGACCUUGCGUUCAGGUCAGAAUGGACAGAGGCAGCUAUGCCACCGCUGCGAGGCCAACAUCGAGCAGAACCCCUUUGGAGGUGCGCCCUGCACGGGAGGAGACACCUUCGCGUUGCCGACUUCAACCUGCGGCGGCGGUAUUCGUGCCACGAUCACAUUCCCGACGUGUUGGGACGGCGUGAACGUGGACAGCACGGAUCACAAGUCGCAUGUUGCAUACCCCAGCAGUGGCACCUUCGAAUCCUCAGGCCCAUGCCCGGCCACCCACCCAGUUAAGCUGCCGCAGGUAAUGUACGAAGUUAUGUGGGACACGAGACAAUUCAACAACAAAGCCGACUGGCCGGCAGAUGGGUCCCAGCCUUUCGUCUACAGCAUGGGAGACAAGACUGGCUACUCCUGGCAUGGCGAUUACCUCUUCGGAUGGAAGGGAGAUGCUUUGCAGCACGCGCUUGACGAGAGAUGCGCCGGUGACACGUGCUCCGGUAUGAAGACACAGACUGCUGACCAGGCCAACAAAUGCAUGAUCAAGUCAACAGUCAAUGAGGACGUCGAUGGAUGGCUUACCGAGCUGCCCGGUGGUAUGCCGGUCGAAUGA